CAGCGUAUUUCACAAAGACUCUCUGUUUCUAUGAAUCUACGAGAUAGACGAUCCUUACAUCUGUUGUCACCACGUGAUCUUGUUGGAUUGAAACCGUCUGAAGAACUCGAACAGGUUGAUAAAGAAGUUACUUCCGAAGGGACUAUCAUAGUAAAGUACCGAGAAAAAUUUAACGGAAUCCCUGUUUAUGAUGCUUACGCUUCGAUUGAAACAGAUAAAACUACCAACGAAUAUACAGGACAGGCAGACGGCAAAUUACUCCACGAGAUUCCGGAUGAUAUAACGAAGAAUAAAAUAGUUUCUGAAAGUCAGGCAUUAAAAAUAGCAGUGGAAAAUGCUACCCGUUUUCAUAAAGAGGCUGUAGUUGAUAGCGAGAAAAUUCGAAUAUUUAUUUACACUUUAGAUAAAAGGGCAAUGUUAGUCUACGAUGUUUCCUUUCGUUUGAAAAUAAACAAUCAUGCGUCACUUCCGGGAUUUUUUAUUUCAGCAGAAACAGGACAAAUAAUUAAACAAAUACCCAAACUAAAAUCCUACAAUCUUAAAUCAGUCGGAGGUAAUAUAAAGACUGGAAAACAUAAAUACGGAGAGGAUAUGCCAUUUCUUCACGUUCAGAAAAACGGAAACCAGUGUUCACUCCAGAACGAGGAUGUGCGUGUGUUUCAUUUACAUAACAAACUAGACAAGCCAGAUUUACCCUUUACAUUUCAAUGUUCUGAUGGAUUUCAUGAUGAAGUAAACGAUGCUUAUUCUCCACUGAGUGAUGUUUUCUACUAUAGUACAAGGAUAUUUCAAAUGUUUAGAGACUGGAUACAUAUGCCCCCAGUAGCGAAAACACCAGUCAAAGUGUAUGUACACUAUGGAAAAAAUGAAACUGCGCACUUUGACCCGAAUAACGAAGCUGUUGAAAUCGGUGACGGAAUACCAUUUAUCCUUUAUCCGUACGCCGUUAUUGACGUCAUAGGACAUGAAAUUGGUCACGCGUUUACGGAUGAGCAUACAAAUCUGGAAUACAGUGGACAAUCAGGAGCCAUAUGUGAAUCAAUAUCUGACAUUAUUGGCGAGGCAGCAGAAUGGUAUAUAACAAAAACUACAGACUAUAAGGCAGGUGACGGAACCGUAGCACACGAACAACAAUGGGUUUCAAGAGAUUUGUGUGACCAAGAUAAAGAUGGCCUUUCAAUUGUUCAUGUCAAAGACUUCACUGAAGAUUUAAAUGUUCACUAUUCUAGUGGUAUUUUUAACAGAGUUGCUUGUGUUUUGAUGGACAAUUUAGAAUGGAAAGAUAUUUUUAUAUUAUUUACAUAUGCUAGUAGAUUUUUCUGGCAUGAAACCUCGGAUUUUAUUGAUGCUGGUUGUGGCCUUAUGAAGGCCGCCUACGAUCUUAGUUAUCAAUUAAUUCAUAUCGUUCAUGCUCUUUCAGAUGUUGGAAUAGAAAUCUGUAGUGUAGAAGACCAUGUCCGUAUGAUCAGUGAAUAUAUGGAGAUAAAAGACCUUAAAGUGAAUGCAGCAAAUAACGUUCUAUUAUUUCGGUUAAAUUUCGAGAAAUUACAUAAAUUAUCUGGUACCGAUGUCGAAAGGAUCCAAGUAACGACGAGCUGGGGAGAAGGGGACGUUGAUAUGUAUGUCAGUUAUUAUCAAACACUAUCAAAGAAGGACUAUGUGUAUCGUUCAAUUAGAAAAGGCAACACUGAAGUCCUGUAUAUAGACAAAAAAAACAUACAAUAUGCAUAUCUUCAUUUGGUUCCCAAGCAUUCAUCAUUUUCUGGGGUUACAUUAACAACAACUGCGCUCUGAUGUUGGCCUUACAUUGUUUGUAAACAACAAACAUGCAGAAUUGAAAUGUGACACGAUGAUUUAGAUAAUAUAUGCAUUUGUGCAUCCGGCAAUUUUGG